AUGGCAGCGCUUCACAACCCUGACGACGACAUGUCUCUCGUGGGCGAAGACCUUCGCCUCGAUGGCGAGGAUCUCAACCUCGAGGAGCUCCCCAACGUUAAUCUCCCCGACCUCCCCACGAGCGACGACCCCCCGGCUGCCAAAAAGGCCUGCUUCGAAGGUCCUUCCGCUCCCGGCUCCUCGGCGUCGCCCUCGGGCAUCCCCAUGCCCGCCGCAUCUGACUAUGCCGCCCCCCACCCGAGCCCCUCUGCUGCCCCCACCCCUCUUCCCGCCAGCGCCUCCGCUGCCCCGACGGCGGGUGCCCCUCUGGGGGCCGUCAAUCUCCAUACGCCCCCGCCCCCCAACGCGGCGACCCUCCGCAACCUCCGCCGCCCGCGGCCUGGGGGACCCGGCCUGGUGAUGCCUCGCCGCCGCCUCGCGGUGGUCACCCUCCUGAUGCCCGAAGCGGGGGCGGAAACGAUUCGCGCGGAUCUCAUCGCGCGCAUCUCCGCUAUGCUGAAGCCGCAUUUCUUUCGCUGCGGCUCCGUUCCGGAAUUCGAAGCCGCCACCGGCGACCUUCUCCGCGUCCCACGCCGGUCGUACGCGCGGCUCUCUUUCACCUGGCCUUCGGAGGAAAACGCCGAGGACUUCAAACGCCUUUUCCCCCGUUCUAUUUCUCUGAACUCCUCACGUUCUGUGCUUCUGAAGGUCUUCGAGGACCGCUUUCCGGACUUCACGGCAGCCAAGGCUGCAGGGGCUGCGACUCUCUCACUCAGAAAUGUGCCCCCCGGAUACACCCCUGCCGACAUCCGCGAAUUUCUGCUCCACCAGGACGAGCCGGGAGAUUCCGCAUGGCUUGCCGAGCUGCGCUUCUUCCACCGCACCAUGGACCCUUACGAGGAGGUCUAUCUCCCAAUAUUCUCUGGGAUCCCCCUUCCCCCCCCGGACGAUCCCUCCUUUUCCCGCAUUCCCGCUGUCAUCCCCUUUGAGGAUGCCUCCGAUCCCGCCCUGCUCAACAUCUCCUCUCACAAAUGCGGCCUCUGUGGGCAUAACCAUCGCGACGGGGACCACGAGAUCUUCCCCAUCAAGCGCAAGCAACGCCUGAACAACAAGGUCCAAAUUUCUGUUGCGCACCUGCAACAGACUAAUGUCCCUUCACCUGACGGGCGACUUCUUACCGUUGAUCUCAACUUCCUACAUGACCAACUCCGACUGAUCGCUAUCUACGCCCCCCCCCACGCUACCGAACGGCGGGUUUGGUGGCGAUCCACUCUCACCCCUGCCCUUGACGCCCCCUCUGCGGCUACUGCCACUAUCCUCGCUGGCGAUUUCAACUCUAUUGUCCUCCCUGAAGACCGCAACCGUGCACUUCACGGACACGAACGAAGCGAAGCAUGCCUGCUUGAGACCCUCUUCAACUCGCACUCGUUAUCCGACUCUUUUCGGUCCCUCCAUCCCACCACUACUUUAUUCUCGUACAUCGGCCGCCCGCGCCUCAAUAUUUCUCCUCCCCCGCCUCCACCUGCUGCCCGACUUGACCGAAUCUAUAUUUCCAGCCCCUUCCUUCCACGUCUUAAGGCUUCUUUAUAUCUCCUCACCCCCACCGUUGUCUCGGAUCAUUCGUUCGCCCCUCUAUGCUCACUCGCCUUCACCAACCCUGUGAUGGCCCCCCGCCCUUGGAGACUCAGCCCUUCUAUCCUACAACGGCCCUACAUAGCCCGCAUCUUGGACACUCACCUGCCUCUUUUACCCCCUUUCCCGUCUCCGCAAGAGUGGGACCUGUGGAAGAAUCACCUGACCCUCCGCCUCAAGUGCUUCUCCAACCAGGAGCGACGACGUGUUACUGGAACCAUGGAGCACCUCAAGCACCUCAUCAGCCGCCUUCAAAUCCAAGCCGCUUGCUUGCCUCUGUGCAGCAAUGACGCCGCCCGCCUAUGCAACGCGCGCCAACAACUAGCAAAAUACGAAGCCUCCAAAACCGCUGAACUCGCACUCAAAGCCAAGCUCAAAGUUGAAGGGCAUAGAGAGAUGGGCAUCUCCUCCCUUCUUGCUGGGCUCAACUCCCGCAUCAAAGCCUCACUCAUCUCCUCCAUCACGCUACCCAACGGACAAACCACCUCCCUCCUCCCCUCUAUGACCGCGGAAUGCACCCGAUACUUCCAAACCUUAUAUUCCGGCGCCUCAAAUGUCACUCAUAACCCGUCCUUCUGGCAGCACAUUCCCCGCUCCUCCCUCCCUGAUCCUCUAGCUCACACGCUUCAAGCCCCUUUCUCUCUCCUCGAGAUCGGAAAGGCUCUCGGCCAGCUCUCCCGAGGAAAAACGCCCGGCCCUGAUGGCCUCCCAGGAGAACUCUUCCGUCUGUACAGACCCCGCUUCACCCCCGCUUUCCAUUCCCUUCUGGGACAGCAGACGCCUUCAACGUUGCCUCCGUCUAUGCUCUCCGGCCGCACGGUCCUCAUUCCCAAGAAAAGUGACUCUACGCUACCGGAGAACCUCCGUCCAAUUACCCUUAUGAACGCAGACUACAAGAUCCUAGCGCUCUGCCUCACCAACCGUCUACAACGGGUACUUCCGCUUCUAAUUCAUCCCUCGCAGACUGCCUUCAUCAAACACCGGAAAAUCGGGGACACCAUCAAUGACACCCUCGAUAUUAUGGAUUGGGCACAGUACAAACAAACCCCGCUUAUUGCCCUUACGGUUGAUUUCCGCAAAGCCUAUGACCUCGUCAACCGCCCCUUUCUCCUUCAAGCCCUCUCCCACCUCGGCCUCCCGCCACAAUUUGUUUACUGGGUACGCCUCAUGUACUCUAACACGGCUACAUGCAUUGCCGUCAACAACCUCUCGGGCCCACUAUUUCCGGUUCGCUCAGGAGUUCGCCAGGGUUGCCCCCUUGCUCCUCUCCUAUUCGUUUGCGUCAUCGAAUUUUUCCACCGAUACAUGUCCCUCUACCUUCCCGGCUUCCCCCUCGCUCCCGCGACUCGCCGUCUCAUGGCCUGCUACGCAGAUGAUGUUACCCUCUUCCUCUCAUCCAACAAUGAUCUUGGUCUUGCCGUCGAUCAUCUAUCGAUCUUCGCCGCUGUGUCUGGCGAAACUCCCAACUGGAACAAAUGCUCUAUUAUUCCCUUCAACAUCUCCCCCCUCCUUAUCUCAAGUGCCGGACCCAUUCCCAUUCGCGCUCCGCAUGAAGCCGAACGCAUUCUCGGCAUUUUUAUUGAACAAAGCCAACCAGGCAAUACCACAUGGACUACCACACUUGACCGCAUACAGCGCGCUUCCAAAUACCUUGCAUCCCUUCGGGCAACCGCCACAUGUCGAAAAACCCUCGCAUCUGUCUUCCUCAACUCCACUCUGUCCUUCCCUGGCCGGUUCCAACCUGCCCCUACAGAAGUCGUCACUCGCCUUGACGUCGCAAUCGGAAACUUUCUCUCCUCUUCUCGCUACAAGGAGUCCGGCCUUGCGGUCCGGCUAAUCCCCAACCGGCUCCUCUACAACUCCCCUCGUCACGGUGGACUCGGCGCCAUCGCCCCCUCAACGCAGAUUCGCGCACUCUCCAUCCAACGCGCGCUUCGCCGCUUUGGUGCGUCGCCCUCAGAAGAGGUCGCGCGGACAGCCGUCCCCUUACCUUUCGGCACUCAUGCUCUCCUCGCCCACCCGGCGAUUCUUAAAAACAACGUCCUGCCUCCCUCCAUCCCCUCUCGCGCCCUUGCAGAACUUCGUGCUCUGCUGCCCCUUGCUCCUGCCGUCUUACCCCCCCCACUUGUCCCGCUAUGCCUCCUUGGAGAACCCACCGCAUUUAACCGAUUCCUCCUAAAACCCAAUGGAAAACCCUUCGGCCUCCUAAAAAAAGAACGUUUUCUCCUUCUCCGCCAGAUCCGGCUGGGCCACAUUUUCACAGCCUCAUUUCAAGGCCUCGAACCUAUCUCCACAAACGCUUUUGCGAAAACCUUCCCUCCAUCGGUAGUCCCCUCUGGCCGUCGCGUUUUGCGAGACCUCAUUGCAGCCAUUCCCCCCUCUUGGCUAGCUGCACUCCGCAGUCCGCCACCUCCCUCCGCUUCCCCUGGCGACUGGUUUAUCCCGACCUGCGACCUCCACUCUCCACCCACGCUGGCUUUACAAACUAUCUCCUUCACCCCUCCCCACACACUCUCUAUGCGUUUAUAUCGGGUCCUCCCGAACCGACUCAUUGAGCGCACUUCCAUUGGGUCCGGCACGUUUCACAUAGACGACGUUACGGCUGUGCACACCCAGGGUCGCUGGGUGGCAGGACCACUUCAUACAGGUGCAGGUCUAGGAGCACGGCUGGAGCUACUUCAAGAAGGUAUUCCAAGUCUCGCAUCCCUCCGCCUCCUGCUAUACUCGCAGCAACCUCUAGACCAUGAUCUUCGCUGGACCCGCGCCCUCUCUGCUGCUCCUCCUCCUUUUCUCCCCAAUCUCUCACAUGAGUUCCUCUGUGAUCAACCCAGCUUGCAACGGGACCUCCUCUUUCGUUUUUACACCCGCUCCCUCCCCUCGGGGGCUCGCUUCCAGUUUGCAGCAGACCGUGGACGCUGCCAAUUCUGCACCUCUACCCAAAUCGAAACACUCUCCCACAUCUUCUUCUGCUGCAGGCCCGCCCCUGUCGUUAUCACCGUUCUCGGAAACGUCGCCAACUGCCACCUCGGAUGCUCCCCCUCUCCGGAGCUUCUCCUCUUUCCCCUUAACUCUCGACCAGGACAAUCAGUCCCUUGGAGUCUGCUAGUUGGAGCAGCCGCUAAGACUCUCUGGAACGCAAGAUAUGAACGGAAGUUUCACGACUCAACGUCGUCCCAUUUUGAAACCCUUCAACUCAUACUUGCCCAAUUUCUCAUCGCCUUCAAGAUAUUCAUGUGGCGACGGGCCAAGCAAGGUCGGAAAAAACAACAACGGUCUACCUCGCGCAUCAAGACCGCCUCCCGCCUUCGCUUCAUCCACUUUGACUCCAAUGGUGCCCCCUCUAUCCACCCAGACUUACGCGUGUCCUGGCUCCUCGGGAACCCCUUCAGCCCUCCAUAA